UGUCACAUCCAGGAUAACAAUGGAGGAACGAACAGUUCUGUGCGGUGGCCAAAUACAAUAAAAUAUCGUUCAAAAUUAGCAACAAUAAGUGUUUUUCCUAUAACAGAAGCAGAUUUUGAUUCGUCGAACAUAAAACCUUUUUACAUACAACGAAUAACCAGCUAAUCGUGCUUUAUGAAAAUAAUCGCUAGCUCCCAGCUAACGGUAACGUCUUAUUGAGACUUAAGCAUUUUGUAGAGAUAUAAACAUAAGUUUUUUGGUCUGAGAUAAAGGUUAAAUAGUUUAUUCUCGCUAGCUGACAAAGUUGAAACAUGUUCACGGAUGAAACUCUUGACUUAAUUGGUGCCGAGUCGACAUGGAGAAAGUCACACCAGCAAACACAAGAAUCAAGGAGCUGUCAAACUCUUCCAGUUGACACAGCAGAGGCUGAAACACAAGCCAGAGAUGUGUCAGACAACAGCACCCAGACACAAGACCAGAUCAGUCAAACACUCUCUCUAGAUCGAGACAUAUCGGACUUUCCUGGUUUGCUGGACUUCUUGCAUAAAGUUGAAGACAUAGUUAUCAAAGAACUGGUGAAAAACUCCAAGAGCCAUGCUUUCGAUGGGUUUCGAGUGAACUGGGAGGAUCAGAAUGAGGCGGUGUCUUGCAUGUACCGUCUUCAGCAUGCUGAGGCUCAGGAAAGGGGUCUGCAAGUCACCGGCGUGUCCUGGAACUGCACCGGCUCGGUCAUAGGCUGUGGAUUCGGCCGUGUGGAUGAUGGUGAUUGGAGCAAUGAGAAGGCUUAUGUGUGCACAUGGAACCUGGACCGGCAGAACCUGAACCCAAAGCGGUCGGAUGUGAUCAUAGACGUGCCCACUCCGGUCAUGUGUCUGUGCUUCCAUCCUGUCAGACCGUCUGUGGUUGCUGGGGGGCUGUACAGUGGUGAGGUGGUGGUCUGGGACACCAGCCGCUCACAGGACCUCAUUCUGGCUCAGACGGGAAUGUCUGCAGAUACCCACCGUGAACCAGUUUUUCAGGUCAGCUGGGUCCCAGGAGCUCGCAGAGGGGAGUUUAUGGUACUGAGCGCCGGUUCAGGAGGAAGAGUUCUGUUGUGGACUGUUGAUGGAGCUGAAGCCAAACUCAUCUUGAGUUCUGGAUAUGCUCUUGUUCAACAGCAGGUGCCUCAGUGUGGAGCAACAAGCAAGACGCGAGGUAGCACCACUAUAGGAGUAACCUCUGUUGCACUUUCCCCGUGGGACCUGGACACAUUCCUGGUGGGCUCAGAGGGAGGCCUUGUGCUCAAAUGCUCCUUCAGCAGUGAGACAGUGUCAGCAGUGCCCCCUGAUGGUGAGAGCGUGACACUGCGGGCCCCCGUACAAUUCUCUUUCUCACCACUGGGAGGCCCUGUACACUCAGUUCACUUCUCACCGUUCCAUAGGAAUCUGUUUGUAAGUGUCGGGACAGAUGGUUUGGCUCACCUGCACACUGUGCUCCAGCCCCGUCCCCUGCUGUCUCUACGGGUGUCCGAUUCAUACGUGUUUGGGGUGAGGUGGUCACCUACACGCCCUCUAGUCUUUGCUGCAGCGACGGGACAAGGUUUGGUCCAGAUGUUUGAUUUGGGUCGGAGGUCUUUAAGGCCAGCUGCCACAGUUGACCAGAACACAAGUGGUCAGCCAACAUAUUGUCUGGAGUUCAACCCCAAACACACAAAUCUGAUGGCAGUGGGUAAUGCAGAUGGUAGUGUCAACAUCUGGCAGCUCAGUGCUGAGUUAACAGAACAAGGUGCCAAGGAGACGGCAGUGCUAGAACAGCUGGCCAAUGAGGUGGUGGACUGAGUCUGUUUGAGCUUCCUCUUUUCAGACUGUCCUGAUCAGGCUUGAGCAUUCUUAAAACACAUUCACAUAUCUUCAACUGUACAUUUACACUGUAAAAUAAAAAAAACACUUGACAAUUCCUUCCAGCUAUAA